AGCAAAAGAGAGCAUACAAAAGAUAAAGAGGGAAAAAAAAAAAAAAACCAAAAACAGCACGGCAAAGUACUACUUCAGUUUUUGCAGGUCCAAAGCUUAUUAUGGAAGAUCAAUGUAGUCCCUUUGACUGGGAUUUCUUCGCCUAUGAAGAAGAGGGAAUGGAAGAGGUAUGGUAUUCUCUUCUACGCAAGACCUCGGAAUUGGAGACGAAAGUUGCUUCUGCCAAAGAGGAGGUCAUAAAGAAAGAAGAUGAGCUUGUUCAUCUCAAGGAUUUCCUCAGCAGAGCCAUCAAAGAGAGAGACGAAGCCGAAUCAAAAUGCCAAAGCAUAAUGCUGGACAUUCUUGUUCUCCAGCAACAACUGCAACAAAAGCAUGAGCAAGAACAACAGAAGCAGGAAGAAACUGAGGACCAGCAAGCAAAAGAGAGCCACUUUGUUGACCAACAUUUUCCUAAUUGUUUUGAGUCUGAGAAAGACAGUAGGGACUUGGACCUGCCACCGGGCGCGGAGAAGUUGGUGGCGGGAAAGGCGCUGCCGGAGAAAGGGAAGCUGCUGCAGGCAGUGAUGGAAGCAGGGCCACUCCUGCAGACUCUUCUCCUGGCUGGACCUCUCCCUCAGUGGCAGCACCCGCCUCCUCGUGUCGACACCAUAGAGAUCCCUCCGGUGGCCAUUUCUCGCCCUCCGCCGCUGACCUUUCCUCGCCAUGACUCUUGUUUUAGUCACAAGAGAAGCCUACCACACUCUGAUCAUGACUCUGUUUUUAACUCCAACACAAAGUACCAGAGGAUUCUCUACUAAGGCUGUAGUUCUUUUUAUUUUCUAUCUCUUAACCUAAAUUUCAUGUCAGCCAAUUCCUUUCAUACUGUAAAACGUCCAAAGGAUUCAGCAUGAAGUGGAUUGCAUUUUUGUUUUGUUUUUUGGGGGCAUCAGUUUAGAAUUUAGACUGCUUUGUCUUGAAGAUCAAGAUCCUAACUUGUGUAACUUGUUAGCUGAAAGACUGAAAUUGUCUUUUCCAGCAUAUUGUAGCUGCCAUUGUGAAUAUGAGGUAAAAUAUGUUAAGAAUUAGAUUCUGUAAUUCUAUGUUAUCGGGAUUUUUCGCUGAAGAAAAGGAAAAAAAAUAAAA